GGGUGGUGGCUGAGAGACACCGACAGGAAGAGGAAUCGAGAAAAACGAGGAAACGGCAUUGUUAUGGUUAACAAGGUUACGGUGAUGGAAACAGACAACGGCGGUGAGUUUGAGAAUUUACCAGAAGGUUGCAUAGCAAAUGUGCUUUCCUUCACAACUCCUCAUGACGCCUGCAUUCUCUCCUUGGUUUCAUCCACAUUCAGAUCUGCCGCACAAUCCGAUGUCGUAUGGGACAGGUUCCUCCCCUCCGAUUACCUCGCCAUUAUUUCCCAAUCCUCUGCGCCUCUCACUUUUUCUUCCAAGAAACAUCUCUACCUCCAACUAUGCCAAAACCCCCUCCUCAUAGACUCUGGUAAAAAGAGCUUUGCACUAGAUAAACCGAACGGGAAAAAAUGCUACAUGCUUUCUGCUAGGAAUCUCUUCAUUGUUUGGGGAGAUACUCCUAGGUAUUGGAGGUGGACUAGUGUUCCAACGGCAAGGUUUUCGGAGGUGGCAGAACUUGUUAGUGUGUGUUGGUUGGAAAUUAAGGGACGGAUAAAAACUCACAUGCUGUCCCCAAAUACGUUGUAUGGAGCGUACCUUGUUUAUAAGCAAAGCGACGCUGGUGUCUAUGGGUUCGAGAACCAACCGUUUGAGGUGUGCGUUGGGGUUGCGGGGGAAGGUGAAGGUGAAGGACAAAAGCGAACGGUGUACUUGGAAGCGGAGAGACCGCGGAGGCCACGUCAGCAUAUUGUUCCUCGGCGUACUAGGAUUUUCAACCUUGUUCGUUCUCGUUUGUUGAAUACUUUUGAUGCAGCAGCAGCAGCAGCUGUUCCCUCACACGUGGAAGAAUCUGUUGAUUCUUCUAGACCUGGUGUUGAGUAUCCGAUGAAGAGAGAGGAUGGGUGGUGGGAGGUUGAGUUAGGUGAAUUUUUCAACGGCGGCGGAGGAGAAGACAAAGAGGUGGAGAUGGGUGUUUACGAGGUCAAGAGUGGCGAAUGGAAAGGGGGCAUUGUGGUUCAAGGAUUCGAAAUAAGGCCUAAACGUUGAAGAAGCACUUUUUUGCUUUUGCCCACACAGCAUUUUUUUCGAGAGAUUCAUGGUGGUUUAGUUUUGUUUCAAAUCCUCGUUACCAAAUUGUGGUCUUCUCAAUGAUACAUUCCGUUUGGAGCAAGUGGUCUAUUUAGAACUAGUCUCAAAUUGUGGGUUCUAUGUCGGUUGCUGGAUGCAUAGCACAUCUUUAGAACUAGUUGUAUGGGAAAUCCUUGAUGUUUGCUGUCCAUUAAUUCGGUAAAGUAUUUUAUAUAAAAAAGAUAAAUUUAAAAAAUGUGUGAUAAGAUAAAUAAUACAUUAAGAAAAUAGCAUGAUAAUAAUAUUGGACAAAAGCAAAUUCACUGUCAUUUCUUUUACUCUCUUUUCAGCCAU